GGUCAUGGUAUGGCUCAUCAACCGGCAUCAUCGCAAUCAGGCAUAUCUUCGGGGCCAGGCCACCUGGGUAUCGAAACAGGCAAGGCACAUGAAUCCACACACGCACUGGUGGUCAGUGGCCAAUCCUCGGGCCAGACAGAAACAGUGGCGACGAAUCAGCAAGGACAAACUGGCUCUGGACUUCUAGCUGUCGGGGGAGCCCAACACCAAUCAGCAAGUGGCACAGUGGCCGGCUCGCUAGGCUCAACGGAAAAAGAAAAUACAACAUCAAAUUUGGAUCAUCCACAAACCCCGUCGCAUUCAGGUAUCGCUACUGGAUCAGGGCUUCUGAACUCCCAUGGGGUCAGCGGCGGAGCACAUCUCUCAAGUGGUAUGGAUAUCAGCUCCCAAGGCUCCGGUCAAAUAGGCAAUGUCGAUUCAUCUGUGCGUCGUCAACAUGGGUUGUCAAUUUCAGGAGCGUCUACUAGCUCAGGCCUCCCAGGGCAACAACUAGGAACAGGCACAUCACAAGAUCAGUUGACAAGUGGUGCCACAGUCGCAUCUCAGACCUCUGGCCACUCACACAAUUCCGACCUAAGUGCGGUUCACGAACAGGGUUCUUUGCAUUCUGGUGCAUCUGCUGGCACAGGAAUUGCAGUGAACGAACAAGGAACGGGCACCAGUGGGACAUCAAGCUCCUCCCAAACUCCUGGCCAAUCCUCCGGUUCUGAUUCAAACAGGCAUAACCGACAAGGUUCAUUGAAUACUGGUGCGACUACUGGUCCAGAGCUUGUAGUGACCGCUUUUGGAACGGGCCCAGCACAUGGUCACACGAUACAUGGUACCGGAAGCACACAUGGUACCGGAAGCACACACCGUACCGGAAGCCAGACGCACAAUACUGAUUUAAGUGCCGGUCAUCAGCAAGGAUCCUCGCUUUCUGGUGCAUCUACUGGCGCACGGAUUUCUGUUACCGGCCUAGAAACAGCACAUCUGUCGACCCACUCUUCAACGAUCAGUACACAAACCUCCGGCAAUGCCAACACUCUAGCAACCAUAGACCACGGGGCUACCGGCACAGGACUUCAUGCUGCGCAAGAAGGAACAGCACAAGGUUCGACAAGCUCCUUAACAAGUGGUCCCGAGACCUCAGGCCUUACUAACAGCAUCGCGACACUGCACCAUGGCGAAGCUGGUGCAGCACAUACCUCAACGCAACCUGGAAUACCACAAUUGUCGACAAGCUCAUCAACAAUCAGUUCCCAAGGACCUGGCCAUGGAAACACCAUCGUGACGGAACAUCAUGGCCAGAGUGGCACUGGACUUACCAGUUUUCAACACGGAGCAGAACAUCUAUCGACCCAUGCUUCAACGAUCAGUACACAAGCCUCCGGCAAUGCCAACACUCUUGCAACCCUGCACCAAGGGGGUAUGGGCGCAGGACUUCAUGCUGGGCAAGAAGGAACAGCACAAGGGUCGACAAGCUCCUCAACGAGUGGUACAGAGACCUCAGGCCUUACAAACAACCUCGCAACACUGCACAGCGGCGAAGCCGGUGCAGCACCUAUCUCAACGCAACCUGGAAUACCACAAUUGUCGACAAGCUCAUCAGCAAUCAGUUCCCAAGGUCCUGGCAAUGGAAACAUCAUCGUGACGGAACAUCCUAGCCAGACUGGCACUGGACUUACCAUUGUUCAACACGGAGUAGCACAAAGCUCGAGCCACUCCUCGACGAGCAGUGCACAAGCCUCCGGCCAUGCCAACGUUGUUGCAAUCGAACAGCAUGGCGGCACGGGAGCAGCACUUCUUGCUGUACAUCAGGCAACCGCACAAGGGUCGACAAGCUCCUCAACGAGUGGUACAGAGACCUCAGGCCUUACAAACAGCAUCGCGACACUGCACCACGGUGAAGCUGGUGCAGCACGUAUCUCAACGGAACCAGGAAUACCUCAGCUGUCGACAGGCUCAUCAACAAUAAGUUCCCAAGCUACUGGCCAUGCAAACGUCAUCGUGACGGAACAAAUUGGCCAGACUGGCGCUGGACUUUCCAUUGUUCAACACGGACCAGGACAAGAAUUGAAGGGCUCUUCUACGGGCACUCACAUUGCCGGCCCGGUAUUGCAGAAUCGAGGUAAACCAGGCGGAGGGUGGGACCUGAUAAAAGCAUACGAUGCCCGUUGCAAGGUAACCGUGGACGAACCAUCAAGCAAAUGCGAUGGACAGCGAUGGUACUUCGACAAAACAACCAGGGAAUGCCGGCAAAGCUGCAGUAAAAUGGCACCUUUCAAACGCCUAAUUGACUGUGAUGGCAUUUGUCGAAGUACGGAAGCAUGUGACUUCCCAAUGACAAGUUACCUGUGCCUGUGGGGACGGCACCCGGUUUACAUAUUCCAUCCUACCAAGCGAACGUGCGUUCUAGGUUAUGACUGCACGUAUUACGGAAACAAAUUCCCUACUCUUGGAGAGUGUGAACGCACAUGUCGGAAGAAGAUGAAAAAGGCAGUACCUGAGCCGGGCGAUCAAAACAAUGAAGUUCAUGUCAGCGAGACCCCAAGUACAACUCCUCCGUCUUUGGGUCAACCACCUUCUGGUGCCCAGGACCCAGCGAAAGAUGUGAAAACAGGAUAGUGUUUACACGCUUCCAAAACUUUGGCCAAUGGUCCGAAAAUUUCGACAUCGUCUAUCCAUUCACUUUGCUACAGAUAAAUUGUUCUCAACUCUUCUUGUAACUUCUUCUUUAGCAGUUCACGGACAUUGCCCUGAAUUUUAUUGUGGUAAUCGUGUAGUGGUACAGUGGAGAUUUUGACAGGUUGUCUUGUUUUGUGGGAUUUGAGUUGCGUAAAUAAAGCUUUGUGCCUAAAAACGUU